CAUCAAAUAUGAUACCGCUUUUUAAAUCUACCUGUAAAAGUAACUAUUCUAGUAAUACCUUAAGUUUAUUAUUAAAAAUAUAAAAUUAACCCUCAUAAAUCAUAUAUAAAAUUUUGAGAAUUAUUUUAUAGAAGUUUUUAUAAACUCAAUCUCACCUCAUAAUCACUAAAUCCUAAACUUAAAUGUUAAUCUAUUUUUGAUUGCGUCUAUUUUUUUUUUUUAAAUUCCAAUUUAUCGUAUUUCGAACAAAUUCUCUAAUUCUUUUACUAUUUUAGUUUUCUUUGAUUAUUUACUUUGCUAAACUAAAGCUGAAAGGCCAAUUAAAUGAAAAAAUGAAAGAAAUUUGACUGAAGAAAAUUAAAAAAGAAAAAAAAAAGAAAGAAAAUUGACUAAAAGAGUCCUAAACGCUACACCUGACCGCACUAGAUCCCAACAACCAUCUCUCAACCCGUCACCAGUCACACACAUGGUCUUUCAUCAGACCCACUCUCUCUCUCCUCUCUCUCUAGCGAUCACACUUGACAACCUCUCGGAUCGGAUCUUUCGUCUAUCGAAGCAGCUCUAACAUCUCGCACUCUCCUCCAAUUCUGAACGAUUAGGGUUUCAUUUUUGCUUUCUCUCGUGAAUUCAAAGAUGGUGUUUCGCUUCGAAAUCGUCUGUUUCAGUGCCGGCGGCGGGUGAAACUCGUCUCUCCUAGUGGGGAAUUCGCAGUUUAUCCGGCGCAAGUGAGCUCUAGAGAUGGAGGCUUCACCUGCAAAGUUCUUCUUCGGCUUCCUGAUUGUUUCCAUCUUCUUGUGGAUGAUCUUCAUACUGUGUUCAAGGUUCUUUGCGUGGAUUCUUAGCCGAGUGCUGGGAGCAUCUGUUGUGUUCCGUGUUGGCGGUUGGAAAUGCCUCAAGGAUGUCGUGGUUAAGUUUAAAAAGGGUGCUAUUGAGUCUGUGUCUGCUGGUGAAAUUAAACUUAGUUUACGACAGUCCUUGGUCAAACUCGGCGUUGGUUUUCUUUCUAGAGAUCCAAAAGUGCAAGUCUUGAUAUGUGAUCUUGAAGUUGUAAUGAGGUCAUCGACUUCAACAAAAAAUGUACCCAAAGCCAAAAGUCAGAAACCUCGUACUUCAGGCAGGGGAAAAUGGAUGGUGGUUGCUAAUGUUGCAAGGUUUCUUUCAGUUUCUGUCGCAGAUAUGGUUGUCAAGACCCGAAAGGCAAUAGUUGAAGUCAAAGAACUGAAGUUAGAUAUAUCUAAGGAUGGUGGAACAAAGCCCAAUCUAUAUGUUAAGCUGCAUGUAAUACCGAUUCUGGUUCACUUAUGUGAAUCACGCAUGAUGUCUGAUGAGUCUUCUAGCAUAGGCUUUGAAAGGUGUACUGCUUCCCAAACGUCUUCUGCCACAUCAGACAGAUCCUCUGCUGCAUUAUUUUGUGAUGAAUUCUCUCUUUCUACCGAGUUUGGACAUGACAGGGCUGUAGGAAUUGUUUCACGAAAUGUGGAAAUUGUAUCUGGAGAUGUAACUCUGACUUUUGAUGAGGAUUCGUUUCCUAAGAGCAAACAUUCAUCAUCUACUGUCCAUUCAGAUGAUGUUGUAAGGUCAACUAGUGUUACUUCAUCCGCCAAGAAAUCGGAUAAAGAGCAUAAGCUGGUGGCAGCACUUGCAAAAUAUUCUCCAUCUUUUCCUGAAAAGGUUUUAUUCAUAUUACCCAAACUGGAUGUGAGAUGUGUCAAUCGAGAACAUGAUCUCGUUGCUGAGAAUAACAUCACAGGAAUCCAACUUACGAGUGUUAAGUCAAAAUCUUUUGAGGACACAGGGGAGAGUACACGUCUUGAUGUUCAGAUGGAACUCAGUGAGAUUCAUCUUUUUAGAGAAGCUAAGUCCUCUGUUUUGGAGAUAAUGAAAGUUGAUGUGGUCUCUUUUAUCUACAUCCCAAUUCAGCCGGUUCUGCCAGUAAGAGCUGAAGUUGAUAUAAAGCUGGGAGGUACACGAUGCAACCUAUUCAUUUCUAGGCUACAGCCGUGGUUGCGUCUUCAUUUCUUGAAAAAGAAAAAACUGGUGCUUCAUGUUCCCACUCACACACUGGAGAAAUCAAAAGCUGCUGAUACGAAAGCCAUUAUGUGGACAGGCACAGUUUCAGCCCCUGAGAUGGCUGUUAUACUCUAUGGUAUUGAUGAUUUACCGGUGUAUCAUUUUUGUUCGCAGUCGUCGCAUGUGUUUGCAAAUAACAUUUCGAGUAUGGGCACAGCAAUUCAUGUUGAACUUGGUGAACUGAAUCUGCAUUUGGCAGAUGAGUACCAGGAAUGCUUUAAAGAAAACCUUUUCGGAAUAGAGCCGAACUCUGGUUCGUUGAUGCAUAUAGCAAAGCUUAGCUUGGAUUGGGGAAGAAGAGACAGAACAUCAUCUGACGAGGUUAGUUGCAGAAGUAAAUUGGUACUCUCAGUAGACGUGACAGGAAUGGGUAUAUACUUUUCUUUCAAGCGUGUUGAAUCUGUCAUAACAAAUGCUAUGUCCUUCAAAGCUCUCUUCAAGACAUUAUCUGUUGCUGGCAAAAAGAUGAAUCAAACUGGAGGAGUGCAACCAGCCAAAGGAUCUGGGAAAGGAACUAGGCUAGUGAAUCUGAAUCUUGAACGUUGUUGUGUGACUUUCUGUGACGACACAGGAUUGGAUAAUACAGUUAUUGAAGACCCUAAAACCGUCAAUUAUGGAUCACAAGGUGGCCGAGUUACGUUUAGUUCAUUAGCUGAUGGUAGACCACGCACAGCGAACGUAGCGUCUACUGCUUCUGAAGAAUGUAAAAGACUGAAGUACUCAGUUUCUCUUGAAAUAUCACAGUUUAGCCUUUGUCUCAACAAGGAUAAACUCUCGGUGCAAAUGGAUCUUGGAAGAGCAGUAUCCAUCUAUCAGGAGUAUUUGGAGGAGCAUAAACCUUGUUCAAAGGUCAAGUUGUUUGAUAUGCACAACGCAAAGCUUGUACGUCGAUCUGGUGGUCUUAAUGACAUAGAUGUGUGUUCUCUCUUCAGUGCUACUGAUAUUUCACUGGGUUGGGAACCUGAUGUUCAUCUAUCUUUCUAUGAACUGUUUUUACGGUUGAAAUCCCUGGUUUAUGCGCAAAAGCUUAAGGAACAGGAAAGGGUGGGCAGAUCUAGUGUGAAAGAUGGUGGCUCGGGUGAAGAAAGAAAUCUAUCCAAUUCUGCUGACAAGCAGAAGAAAAAGGAAUCUAUGUUUGCUAUUGAUGUGGAAACUUUGACGAUAUCAGCUGAGGUAGGAGAUGGGGUAGAGGUUAAAUUGGAGGCGCAAUCAAUUUUUUCUGAGAAUGCGUGUAUAGGAGUCCUUCUUGAGGGGCUUAUGCUUGCUUUUAAUGGAUCUCGAGUGUUGAAAACUACAAGAAUGCAAAUAUCAAGAAUCCCUGCUGCCUCGUCUAGUGUGUCUGAUGCAGUCCCUGUAAUGACAAGUGGUCCUUGGGACUGGGUAGUACAAGGUCUUGAUGUGCACAUUUGUAUGCCAUACAAAUUACAGUUGCGUGCCAUAGAUGAUUCGAUUGAGGACAUGUUGCGAGCCUUGAGACUUAUAACUGUAGCGAAAAGUAAAAACCUGUUUCCAGGAAAGAGAGAAAGCUCGAAGCCUAAGAACAAGAAAUCUAGCCCAAAAUUUGGCCGCAUAAGAUUUGGCAUACGCAGGCUAACCGCAUAUAUUGAGGAAGAACCAAUUCAAGGUUGGCUUGAUGAACACUAUCAUCUGGUGAAGAAGGAAGCCUGCGAGUUGGCUGUCAGAUUGAAAUUUCUUGAAGAUUUUAUCCAAAAAGCUACCCAGUCUCCUAAAGGUGCUGAAACAAGUGAUCCUACAGAUGAAAGAAAGAUGCUUUUUGAUGGGGUUGAAAUUGAUGUCCAGGAUCCUUCAGCUAUUAACAAAGUGAAGGAUGAGAUUCAUAAACGGUCUUUUCAAUCGUAUUAUCAGGCAUGCCAGGGUUUAGCAUCCUCAGAGGGUUCAGGUGCCUGUACGGAAGGAUUCCAGGCAGGUUUUAAGCCAAGUACUGCUAGAACCUCUCUUCUCUCUGUUUGUGCCACAGAUUUUGAUUUAAGCGUGACGGCAGUUCAUGGUGGUGAUGCUGGUUUGAUGGAAGUCUUGAAGAAGCUUGAUCCUAUAUGUCAAGAAAACGACAUACCCUUUUCAAGGUUAUAUGGAAGCAAUGUUGACUUGAAAACUGGAAGCUUGGUAGUUCAGCUAAGAGAUUACACACUUCCUCUUCUCUCUGGCACUUCUGGCAAAUGUGAAGGUCGUAUUGUGCUGGCUCAGCAGGCAACGUGUUUUCAGCCACAAAUUUCCCAAGACGUAUUUGUAGGCAGAUGGAGAAAAGUGCGAAUGUUCCGGUCAGCAACUGGGACAACUCCACCGAUGAAGACCUACUCAGAUCUGCGCAUACACUUUGAACAAGGACAAGUUUCCUUUGGAGUUGGAUAUGAACCGGCUUUUGCAGACAUUAGCUAUGCUUUCACAGUUGCUCUUCGGAGAGCGAAUCUGAGUCAUAGAGGUCCAGGUAUUCUACCCACCGUUAAAAAAGAACGAAGCUUACCUUGGUGGGAUGAUAUGAGAAACUAUGUUCAUGGCAAUAUCAGUUUAUCUUUUUCUGAAUCAAAAUGGGAUGUUCUUGCUACAACGGAUCCAUAUGAGAGUCUUGAUAAACUUCAAAUAGUGACUGGUCCUAUUGAACUUCAGCAGUCAGAUGGUCGUUUGUUUGUCAAUGCUAAAGACUUCAAGAUAAAGCUGAGCAGUCUGGAGAGUUUGAUUAGCCGACACUCUUUAAAAAUUCCAGUUGGCACCUCUGGAGGUGCAUUUAUUGAAGCCCCUGCAUUUAAUCUUGAAGUCACAAUGGACUGGGAAUGUGAGUCUGGGGAUUCUUUGAAUCAUUACCUAUAUGCAUUUCCAUCUGAAGGAAAGCCUCGUGAGAAGGUCUUUGAUCCGUUCAGAUCAACAUCACUCUCGCUUCGGUGGAAUUUCUCCCUUAGACCUGAAAAGUUUCACCAGUCUUCCUCAGGUACUGAGCAUCCAACAGACACUGCAGUUCUCUGCAGCUCGCAAGACCAGCCUGAGACACCAACAAUGAAUCUCGGAGCUCAUGAUUUGGCAUGGAUACUUAAGUUCUGGGGUUUAAAUUACUAUCCUCCUCAUAAGUUACGUUCUUUCUCCAGAUGGCCUAGGUUUGGUGUCGCAAGAAGUGCAAGAUCAGGAAAUUUAUCUCUGGACAAGGUGAUGACGGAAUUUAUGCUCCGUGUAGAUGCCACUCCUUCCUUGAUAAAUUACAUGCCUUGGGACUCUGACGAUCCUGCCAAAGGAUUGAGUUUUAACAUGUCAAAGCUAAAAUACGAACUGUGCUAUAGUCGCGGGAAGCAAAAAUAUACAUUUGAAUGCAAGCGAGAUGUGCUUGACCUUGUAUAUCAAGGUCUUGAUCUUCACGUGCCUAAGGCUUUUCUUAACAAAGAUGAGCAUCCUUACGUUCCAGCAGGCAUUCAGGUUUUGAGAAAAAGCUCCCAAAAUGCUUUGAUAGACAGAGUACCCUCUGGAAAGGACCAUAAGAGGAAUGAGAAGCAUCGCGAUGAAGGGUUUCUAUUGUCUUCUGAUUAUUUUACAAUCAGAAGGCAGGCCCCAAAAGCUGAUCCUGAAAGACUAUUGGCAUGGCAAGAGGCUGGAAGAAGAAAUCUGGAGAUGACGUAUGUGAGGUCUGAGUUUGAGAAUGGAAGCGAGAGUGAUGAACAUAUACGAUCAGACCCUAGUGAUGAUGAUGGAUACAAUGUUGUCAUUGCUGACAAUUGUCAACGGGUCUUUGUUUAUGGCCUCAAACUCCUGUGGACAAUUGCAAAUAGAGAUGCUGUUUGGUCUUUUGUUGGUGGAAUAUCGAAAGCAUUUGAGCCACCGAAACCUUCUCCGUCUCGUCAGUAUACACAGAGAAAGAUUCUUGAAGAGAGUCAAGAGGAAUCUUGUCUGGAAACACAUCAAGGGGAAACGUUGAAAUCUUCUCCAAGCCCAGGUAGGAACCUCCCUUCUCAGCCUAUGGAGAUGGAAGAACCUCUUUCAUCACCGUCGCAUUCAGUGAAAAUUGAGAAAUCAUACGACAGAGCUGGUAAUCCUGAGACCAGUGAAUCUGAGGAAGAUGGGACUCGUCACUUCAUGGUGAAUGUCAUUGAGCCACAGUUUAAUCUUCACUCAGAAGAUGCUAAUGGUCGCUUUCUGCUUGCUGCUGUUAGUGGUCGUGUUCUAGCACGAUCUUUUAAUUCCAUUAUGCGUGUUGGUGUGGAAGUAAUUGAGCAGGCUCUUGGCACUGGAAGUGCCCAGGUUCCAGAAUGUAGUCCUGAAAUGACUUGGACUCGGAUGGAAUUUUCUGUAAUGUUAGAGCAUGUGCAGGCCCAUGUUGCUCCAACUGACGUUGACCCAGGUGCUGGGUUGCAGUGGCUCCCAAAAAUUCGCAGAAACUCGCCAAAAGUGAAACGUACUGGUGCUUUACUUGAAAGGGUCUUCAUGCCUUGUGACAUGUUCUUAAGGUAUACAAGACACAAAGGUGGAAAUCCUGAUUUAAAGGUGAAACCACUAAAAGAGCUCACUUUCAAUUCACACGAUAUAACCGCUACGAUGACGUCUCGGCAAUUCCAGGUUAUGCUGGAUGUUCUGACUAACCUUCUCUUUGCAAGGCUUCCAAAGCCUCGGAAAAGUAGUCUCCAGUGUCCUACUGAAGAUGAAGAUGUUGAAGAGGAGGCUGAUGAGGUAGUUCCAUAUGGAGUUGAAGAGGUAGAACUUGCUAAAAUCAACCUUGAAGAGAAAGAGCGAGCGCGAAAGUUGCUUCUUGAUGAUAUUAGAAAAUUGUCUUAUUGUUCUGACAAUAUUGAUGACACACAUAUGGAAAGGGAAGGUGAAUUGUGGAUGAUAAGUACCAGAAGAUCCAUACUGGUGCAAGGAUUAAAGAAAGAGCUCUUAUAUGCACAGAAAUCUAGAAAGGCUGCUUCUGUAUCUUUAAGAAUGGCACUGCAGAAGGCUGCACAGCUGCGACUGAUGGAGAAAGAAAAGAACAAAAGUCCAUCAUACGCUAUGUGCAUUUCCUUGCAGAUCAAUAAGGUUGUUUGGAGCAUGCUUGUAGACGGUAAAUCCUUUGCUGAAGCGGAGAUAAAUGACCUGAUUUAUGACUUUGAUCGAGACUACAAGGACAUUGGCGUUGCUCGAUUCACGACCAAGUCCUUUGUUUUGAGGAACUGUCUGCCUCAUGCAAAGUCGGAUAUGCUUUUAUCAGCAUGGAAUCCUCCAACCGAGUGGGGAAGGAAAUUCAUGCUUCGUGUUGAUGCAAAGCAAGGAGCACCAAAAGAUGGACACUAUCCUCUUGAGCGUUUCCAUGUGGAGAUUUACCCCCUAAGGAUCCAUUUGACAGAAACAAUGUACAGAAUGAUGUGGGAGUAUUUCUUCCCAGAGGAAGAGCAGGAUUCACAAAUGCGACAGGAAGUUUGGAAAAUUUCCACGACAGCUGGCUCAAAACGUGUAAAGAAAGGGCUAGCAGGUGAUUCUUCUACAACUAGUCACUCCGCUGUUGAAGCAUCUCGCAGGAGUUCUGAAUCACUCUCUGCUUCUGCGACAACGCUGUCACAAAGCAAUGCUGACUCUGUUCAAAAAUCAAAUACGCCAAGCCUAAGGUGUAGUACUGGUGGUUCAGCUCAGGAGUUGAGAACAUCUUCUUUCGAUAGGACUGGGGGAGAAAAUAUGGCAGAAUCCAUAGGUAAUGAACUCGUUCUGCAUGCUUCUUCCGUGGAACAACAGGAGGAUUCCUCUAAACAGAAGCCCAAAGAAACAAAAACCAUCAAGCCUGGCCGCUCUUCUCAUGAAGAAAAGAAGGCUGGAAAAUCACAUGAGGAGAAGAAAUCUAGGCCUAGAAGGAUGAUGGAGUUUCACGACAUUAGAAUAAGUCAGGUGGAGCUUCUAGUGACCUAUGAGGGCUCAAGAUUUGUUGUAAAUGAUCUCAAGUUGUUGAUGGAUACAUUUCACCGUGAGGAGUUCACUGGUACCUGGAGAAGACUCUUUUCUCGUGUUAAGAAACACAUCAUUUGGGGGGUAUUGAAGUCUGUUACAGGAAUGCAGGGGAAGAAAUUCAAAGACAAAUCUCAGAACAACCGUGAAUCUGCUGACAAUGAACUUAUUCUAAGUGACAAUGAUCACACGGGGAAAUCUGAUAAUCAAGUACCAUGGUUUAAGCGUCAAAGCGAUGGAGCAGGUGAUGGGUUUGUUACUUCUAUUAAAGGACUCUUCAAUACGCAAAGGCGCAAGGCCAAAGCAUUUGUCAUGAGAACUAUGAGAGGUGAAGCAGAGAAUGACUUCCACGGGGAGUGGAGCGACAGUGAUGUAGAAUUGUCUCCUUUUGCUCGGCAACUAACUAUAACAAAAUCUAAGACUAAGAGGCUCAUCAAACGCCACACUAAGAAAUUCCGCCCAAGACCUCAAAGAGGUUCGAGUUCCCAGCAAAGAGAAUCACUUCCAUCAUCUCCGAGAGAGGCCACUGCAUUUGAAAGUGGCUAUUCAAGCGGAACUUCACCGUAUGAGGAUUUUCGAGAUUAAAAUCAUUCUGACCGGACAAUCAAAAUUGUUAUCCUUAGCUGAGGGAGGAAGUGAUUUUUCUUGUAAAUUUUGUAUUUUUUCGGCUGCAAUAGGGGAAUGAAAAAA